AUGGUGCACUCUGUUGCCAUGACAGUGGAAGUCCUCUUUGUUAUGUUGUUUCUGACCAGUACUCAGUGUAAUCCCGUGGCAGACUUGUCAGUGAGCCGGGAACGCUUGGAGCAUGUCCUGACCCAGGCCAGAGAGGACAAGCAAGACAAGCAGCAGGCCUCAGUGGGUGCGCUCAGCUACAGCACCCAGCAGCAGCUGGAGGAGAUCAGCUUCAUGGGCCUGGAGACCCACAGAGGGGCCAGCAACAGAACCUCUGUCAACAGAUCCAGGCCAAACUCCAGCUCCCAGAAACUUGCUGGAUCCAAGGCCGGGAAGGCAUCACAGGAGUUGUGGGAAGAGCAAGAGGGGGGCCUGAGCCGAGUAGACGAGGGUCCCACGAGUGAAACAAAUCUCUCUCUUGACGCUAUCGACGAGUACGCAUAUCCAGAUUACAGGGGGAAGGGCUGCAUGGACGAAAGUGGCUUUGUGUUUGCCAUUGGGGAGAAGUUUACCCCGGGGCCCUCCACAUGCCCUUGCCUCUGCACGGACGAGGGACCCCUGUGUGCCAAACCUGAAUGUCCCAAAGUUCACCCUCGCUGUAUCCGGGUGGACACCAGCCAGUGCUGUCCAGAGUGCAAGGAGAAGAAGAACUACUGUGAGUUCAGGGGAAAGGUCUACACAACGCUACAAGAGUUUAAGGUGUCUCCGUGUGAGAAGUGUCGCUGUGAGGGGAGUGGAGAGGUGUUGUGCUCUGUGUCAGCUUGUCCCCAGACAGAGUGUGUGGACCCAGUGUAUGAGCCUGAACGGUGCUGCCCCAUCUGUAAGACCGGGCCAAACUGUUAUGCAGACACACAAGUGAUCCCAGCUGGACGUGAGGUGAAGAUUGAUGAGUGUUCAAUCUGUUACUGCACGUAUGAGGAGGGCACGUGGCAGAUUGAGCGUCAGGCCACCUGCAGCAAGAAUGAAUGCUAGCAGAACUAGAGACUGGCACUGGAAGUGGGCAUGGGGGCAGGGGCCAUGGGGCCAUGGGUGCUCCCACCAUGA